AUGGCUUCCGCACAUCACAGCCGUAAGCACUCUAGUCGAGCAGCACUCCCUCGAAGAACUACCAAAGGCCCGCUGGAUGCACCAACAGAUCCUUUGACUGUAUCUGCGACGCCUGCAGUCUCUUCGCAGAGCCCUUCAGCACCGCUGUCCCCGAAAAAAGAAGUUGGCGACCCUGUAAGAACGUCUAUAACAGCCACCCAGCCACCGCUACCAGCACCGAGCGUCCAGCAACAGGAGUCUCAGACCCAAGACCUCCCCACAGCAGAAGAAAGAGACCUCUCCUUCCUCCUCGAUGCCUCAAUUUACCAUCCUCUUUCUCAGCUUGAAGUCCCUGGCCCUUUUCGGAAGCCAUUCGUCCUACCAACAAACGCAGAAACCCCCCUCAAAACCUCCGUGCAACAGUUAGAUUCACUCCUCUCUCAAUGCGACUUUCUGCGGGCCGCUCAGCUGUCAGGCUCUAUCUUGGUCUCCGGCACCGUGCGGCCCACCGAUUCAAAGUCUAUUUUUCACUUGCUCGAGAUCAGGUACUCUUGUCUCGAGCUCUCAGGGAAUCUGCUGUUUGCUGCACAGGAGGCGAAGGCGUUGGAGGAUCUGAGCUCAGGGUUUUACUAUGACGAGCCCAACUCGGAGAGAGGUGCAGAUGAUGAUUUAUCAGGCGGCCAGAAAGUACCGACCCACAUAAUGCCCUUUUCUCUACGCUUGCAGGCGCUCAGACUACAGAGCAUCGGCUUCUCGGAUCCAAGAAGAGGGGUCUCUACGCUUUAUGAUGUUGCGGUGGAGUGCAGAGAUCAUCUUUCUGCUCCGCACACUUCGCCCGAGCAGAGAAAGUUGUGGACGGAACGGCUCGGUGAAGUGUCGAUCCGGGUCGUGAAUGCCCUGAUUGAAAUGGGAGACAUCGAUUGCGCCGUGAGAACGCUUGAAAGUAUGAAGCCUGAAUCCGAUGAUCAUCUGCCACUCUGGACAUCUAGAAUGAGCCUGUUGAGAAUCAAGAUGGGUGACGUCGCCGGAGCCAAGCGGUUCAUUGAAUCCGGAAACCUAGGUUCCCAGGAGAAGCUUGUCCUUGGAUCCCUUCUUGACAUUGCUGAGGGUCGAUAUGACAAUGCCGUGAAGAGCCUAUCUGAAAAAGGGGCAAGCGUUGAUUCGGACUUGGUUGCGCUCGUGGAACAGAAUCUCGCCGUUGCAUAUCUAUAUCGAGGCGAGGUUCAGAAGUCCAGGGAGAUUCUAGAGAAGCUCGUCAAACACGGACAUUCUUUCCAGACCUUGACAGUCAAUCUCGCAACUAUCUACGAUUUGACUUCGGACCGAUCGCGCGAAUUAAAGGCCUCAAUGGUCUCGCAAAUCGCUGGUCGACCGAGAGAACCCGGCCGUAUACGCGCGUUCGUGAAUGCCGACUUCAAGCUCUGA